AAACUUCUGACGAUGGGCCUGCAUACGAAUUAUAGCAGACCUAUAUAAGUAACUAUUAUUGCAUUUAAAAAUUAUUGUUAAAGCUACUAACCAACCAGAAACAUGGCAGUUAAAUAUAUAAUCCUUGCUGUACUCAUUGUAUCUGCCAGUGCCUAUGAACAUCACCAACAUCAUGACCAAGCUCCAGCUGCUCAGUCGUACGUUGCCUACAGUACACUUAUCCAAACACAUGCUGCACCUGUAGUUUACUCUGCUCCAGUUGCCUAUACUAAUGCUGCUCCAGUUGUUCAAUCGUACGCUGCUCCUUCUGAUUUUGCUUAUACUUCUCUACCUGAAACAGUUGUAGCUGCAGAUAAUUCUGCUUAUACUGCACCGAAUUCUCGUGCAGUUUCUGGAUCUCUUGGACACGGAGCUUCAUUACUUCAAGUAUAUUCAUCCCCUUUGGUUUCUAGCUAUACUGCUGAUCUCCACAAUGGAUUAAAUGCUGUUGUUCCAAAUGAACAUGCUGCGGCCACAGCUGUACCCAAUUUUGUCUCUCCUGUCGCCUAUGCAGCUCCAGCAGCUUAUUCCACUUACUCUGCACAAGUAUCUAAUGGUGCUCCCGUUGCUUCUAACCACGGAGCUUCCGGUAUUCAAAGAUAUUCAGCUCCUUUGGUUUCUAGUUAUACUAUUGAUCACCAAAAUGGAUUUAAUGGAUUUAGAGCUGGUGAUAACAACGAACAUAUCGCAGCCCCAGCUAUACCCAAUGAUGUUGCUCCUGCCGUUUAUGCUGUUCCAGUAGCUAAUACCGCAUAUGCUGCACCAUCAUCCCAUUCUGCUGCUGUUGCUCCCGUGUUUGGAGCUGUAAGUGUUUAAGAAUAUAAAGCUCCUUGUCACGUAGCUAUAGUAGACUAUUUGAAUAUUGCUGAUAUUGUAGAUAUGGUGAUUAUAACAAUGUACAUAUAAUAAAAUAGUCAAAAAUAAA